AUGCACAAUAAUUUUGUCGUGAUUCUGGUGGUUGCUGCAUGCAUUGCAGUAGAAGCUACUCCAUUAGCAAAACGACAAUCUGAUUUACAAUGUCUUACUGACGAUCCCGUUAUACUGGCUUUGCAGUCUCUUUCGGCCACUUCUUUCUGUUCAUCAUUGCUAGAUAUAUCGACGACUACUAUCACGACCACAAUCGCAUCAGAUGCCCUCACCACUACAACCGUGACAACAACUGCGACAGGCACAACCUCUGUACCGGUACAGGUGUCCACGGUAACUUCGACUCAAACCUUGACAAGUUGUUCUUUGAAUCCGCUGCGCAAGCGCGGAAAAUGCACCAAAGGAAGAGGCCAUGCGACGACACCUACUGGCAAGCCAGGCUACAGUACAAAGACGGACAACAGUGGAUACAAAACUACCGAGGCGCCAACCUACUCGGAGCACGGCUACCCACACUAUGAAACCAAGAGCAGCAAAAAGCCAGAGUCGGAGUCUCAGUAUCCCCAUUACCCGGAGCACUAUAGCAGUCAAAACCCAGAGUACGAGUCACAGUAUCCUGAUUACCCUGAGCACUACAGCAGCAAAGAACCAGAGUACAAGACGCAGUAUCCUGAAUACCCUGAGCACUAUAGCAGUCAGCAACCAGAGUACAAGACGCAGUACCCUGGUUACCCUGAGGAUUAUAGCAGCCAAGAACCAGAGUACGAGACACAGCACGCAAGCCCAGCGGAUGUAUACCCAACGGCUGCGUACCCUUAUUCGCAUCCACAGCCAACCUAUGGCGUUUCUACAUACCAGAACUCAGACACGUCCACUGACACCUACCCCACCUCUCAUGUUUGGCCAACUUACGGAGCAUCUUCGUACAAAAGCUCAGACACACUCACUGAUACAUAUACUGCGCCUUAUACCUGGCCGCCGUUGUAUGACUCUUCAUCAGGCAUCAUCUCGGAUACCUUUACUAGCACUUCACCUACGAGUACUUCGUCCACCACGAGUACCUCGACAACAAAGACGACUAUUACCAACAUUCCUACCGAACUGUCAGUGUUUGAUGCAGCCGAUCUCUCGUUCGGCUGCAGCUGCUUGUCUCUCCCGACAUCGAGUGUAGUCGUGACCGUGACCGACGCAGGGGCCCUCACAGCUACCGACGUGGUCACGGUCAGCACCACCACGACAAUCUCGCAGUCCGUGUCGAUCGUGACCACCACCACCACCACGACGGAGAGCGCCUGCGCGACGCCGGCCGUGUGCGGCAACGCCGGCAUCCAGUGGGCCGAGUACCGCAACUUUGUAGAGCGCGCCAACGACGACGCAACCUAUAGCAACUUUGUGCCCGAGGUCUACAAGGGACAAGCCCCCGAGAUCCCCGGCACCUAUGGCAACAUUGGCCCCAUUGAAAUCACGUCGACGCGGAGCCGGCUCAUCACCAUCUACAACACUCCCCGGGCCUUCCCCAGCGCCUUCUUUGCCCUGGACCACAAGGGCUACUUUUUCGCGCCCGUGUCGGGGAGGUAUAUAUUCAGUGUCACAAACGUAGAUGAUGCUGUUUUUCUUUGGCUCGGCGCCACGGCCUACAGCGGGUGGACCCGGACCAAUGCCGACGGGUUCGGCGUGUCCAACCAAGGGAACGGCUUCACGCGCGCCUUUGCCGAUCUGACCGCCGGCCAGUACCUGCCCGUCCGCUUGAUGCUGGCGCAGAGCGAAGGGCCGGCCUCGUUUUCCUUCUUCAUCACGGCUCCCGACGGCACCAAUCUCGUGUCCCCAGACAUUGCUAAUAGUCCCUACCUGGUCCAAUUCUCGUGCGACGGCGUGACGGCGCCCGCCUUUGCGAAUUGGACCUUGGAGACCUAA